GAAUUCCCGACCAGGGAGUCAAGGGUUUCGCGUAUAGGACAAGGUCUGCACGUAACACCGACCCUGCAGCAAGAAUAUCCACAACACUGGUCGAGGGUCUGGACGUCAGAAAGCUCUCCUGACCCCGGCCGGAAUCUGGCUUUUUUGUACAUUGACUUGUCGGCGAUGGGAAAACACCUUCCUACCUGGCACUGUUUCUUGUGCGAGAUUUUGAACAUUGCCAGUUAGCAGCAACCGUCGCAUUCCAGGGGCGGAAUUACCGACUCGCCGAGAUUCAAUGACGUCGACGAAUGACGCAAGGAUCAACCAUUGUUGCUCCAGCAAGGCAGAAGAAUUAACUCCAGUUGGCUGCCUGGUGUUUAAAAAAGGCGAAAGGUUAUCUUUGCCUCCGGGGGAUCCUCGAGAAUUCGCGAGAAACAGCUGAAGUGAUUCGAAGACAGCCAGUUAAUUCCUAAUUAUUCUACUCAAAGGCAUACAACCAGCAUGGCAGACCAUUCGACCCUAAUUGGAACCUCCCAGGUCCUGGGAAUCACGGCUUCUGGAGUCCUAGCCGGGGGCAUCCUCAACUUUUCCGUUGCACUCGUUCCAACCCUCAUUCUGCCGGGGGCUACCAGCAAACGUACUUUCGACUCUUCCUUCCAGCCAGGCACACCAGUCUCCCACAUCGCCUCGCAAUGGCACCAUGCAUAUGGCAUCGGUAAAUCGAUCGUCCCGCUCGCCUCCUUGAUCACCGCCUCAGUAUACACCUACUUGUCGUACCACUUCCGGCAAGGCACACUCACUCGUCAGGGAAACGUCGUCGCUGCAAACUACUACUUGCUCGCCGCCCUGUUUACCAUUGCUCCCGUCCCAUUCACUCUCCUAAUCAUGAAACCCACCAACAACAAGUUAAUCGCCAAGGCAAAAUCUGCAGAAACCGAGGGCCUGGUUGCGCAGAAGGAGAAGGAUGUUCAGGGUGAACUGAGGGCUUCUAGAGAUGAGGCUGAGGUCCAGAGCUGGUUGAAGACUUGGUCCCGCUUGAAUGUUGUGAGAGGAUUGUUCCCUCUUGUGGGAACAAUUUGUGCUGCUAUGGCCAUCAUUUCAUAAGUUCUUUAUCGGCAGUCAUGCUUCCUGCUUUUCGAUGCAUUGGAGCAAAGGGGUGUAAGGGAUAACACAUAAUGAACCUUAUCUUAUUGUUAAGAUGUUAUGGAGCACCGUGAAUAAAUUAAACAAUUGACUAUGGUGAACUUGGGGCACCGAUUAGCCUAAUUGAUCGGCCAUCAAAGUGCAUGUCUAUUAUAAAAAGGCAGAUUGUAAAUUCGAACACAGAGAAUAGCCUCCUUAUCCUUGUGACGAUUAUUGCUGUCCGGGAGUAAUAGGGGCAGGGCGAUGCAUUAAAUACACCGGAACUGGCAACGGAGCAUUGUGUUGCAAAUGCCUGUGGAAGUCUAAGGUAGGAAAGCCAAAAUUCGCCUUUGAAUCAUUAAGUUGGGGAAGAGCUUUGGGUCCAAGAAACCGCCGUGUUCUUCAAGAUAGACUCGCUCGAUGUCCUCUCACACAGUCGAAAAGACCCCCAAAAACAUGAGAGAGGCUAUUUUAUGAGAAUUUGCUUUCACGAUCUGUUUCACCACCGACACUCGUGUCGUCCGUUUCGUCUCUUUCGAUCGUCGCCCACAUAUUACUACUUUCGGCCGUGGACUCAUCUGUGUGCUGAGCAUUGGGGUCUGUUUUUUGGGCCGUCACAAACCCGACAUUCUUCCCGCUACUUGAAUGUAGUCGGGUUUCUUCAAGGACAUCACCAUUCCAAGGCUUGCAUUGCUUGACAAUCUCUCCACAGCGGAGACACAUCCAACCUUCCCCUUCUUCGGCUUCGAGCUUUUGCGCAAUACAAGCAAAACAAUAUAUGCACCCACAUGGUAUUGCUUCGUAAGGGUUUGUGAUAUCUGUUUGGGCCGACCCGAUUAUACCACCAGAUGCGCCGCCCACAGCCAUUACGUCAGAUUCCGACGAUGCCGUAGGAUUCUGCUCUUGAUAACAGAUUGCGCAUGUUCUUUCCGGUAAAAAGCCUAGUGGUCCGUGGUUUUUGGCAUCCUCGUCCCCUUCGUCCUUUACACGAAGGGAAGAGACUGUCUUUUUCCAUGCCCUCGAAAGCCAACGCCGCCAGCGGCCAAUACCAACAAGAGGUAAUAGAAAUAGAAGGAACUCAGUGAAGGCAUGCCAAACAAGUUGACGAUUAAGGUAUUCAAAUGAUACCUCGCGGCUAACUUGCAUCGAUGGUGGAGUUAACCGCAUUCUCAAAAGACGGUCAACCAAUGUUCGGUAUCGUCCAUUGAUAAGAAAAACAAGAAAGGAUACCAAUGCUGCCAUUGAAUGA